AUGAAAACGAUUGGAGACACACAUGGCCAGGGAGUAUGUUACAUAAGGCUCGGGAAAAUGUUUCAAUCGCUUAAUCAAUAUGACAAGGCCCAAGAAUAUCAAGAGAAAGCACUCGCUAUCAAAAUAGAAAUUGGCGACAGGGAUGGAGAAGCAACAAGCUACGGAAACCUAGGAACUUUGUUCCAAUCACUUGGUCAUUAUGAGAAGGCCCAAGAAUAUCAGGAGAAAGCACUCGCUAUCACAAUAGAAAUUGGCAACAGAGAUGGAGAAGCAACAAGCUACGGAAACCUAGGAACUUUGUUCCAGUCACUUGGUCAUUAUGAGAAGGCCCGAGAAUAUCAGGAGAAAGCACUCGCUAUCACAAUAGAAAUUGGCGACAGAGAUGGAGAAGCAACAAGCUACGGAAACCUUGGAACUUUGUUCCGAUCACUUGGUCAUUAUGAGAAGGCCCGAGAAUAUCAGGAGAAAGCACUCGCUAUCAGAAUAGAAAUUGACGACAGGGAUGGAGAAGCAACAAGCUACGGAAACCUAGGAACUUUGUUCCAGUCACUUGGUCAUUAUGACAAGGCCCGAGAAUAUCAGGAGAAAGCACUCGCUAUCACGAUAGAAAUUGGCGACAGAUAUGGAGAAGCAACAAGCUACGGAAACCUAGGAACUUUGUUCCAGUCACUUGGUCAUUAUGACAAAGCCCGAGAAUAUCAGGAGAAAGCAAUCGCUAUCAAAAUAGAAAUUGGCGACAUGCAUGGAGAGGCAACAGGCUACGGAAACCUAGGAACUUUGUUCCAGUCACUUGGUCAUUAUGACAAGGCUCAAGAAUAUCAGGAGAAAGCACUCGCUAUCAGAAUAGAAAUUGCCGACAGGCAUGGAGAAGCAACAAGCUACGGAAACCUAGGAACUGUGUUCCAAUCACUUGGUCAUUAUGACAAAGCCCGAGAAUAUCAGGAGAAAGCACUCGCUAUCAGAAUAGAAAUUGGCGACAGGCAUGGAGAAGCAAGAAGCUACGGAAACCUAGGAACUGUGUUCCAAUCACUUGGUCAUUAUGACAAAGCCCGAGAAUAUCAGGAGAAAGCACUCGCUAUCAGAAUAGAAAUUGGCGACAGGCAUGGAGAAGCAACAAGCUACGGAAACCUAGGAACUGUGUUCCAGUCACUUGGUCAUUAUGACAAAGCCCGAAAAUAUCAGGAGAUAGCACUCGCUAUCAAAAUAGAAAUUGGCGACAGGCAUGGAGAAGCAACAAGCUACGGAAACCUAGGAACUUUGUUCCAGUCACUUGGUCAUUAUUGCAAGGCCCGAGAAUAUCAGGAGAAAGCACUCGCUAUCAGAAUAGAAAUUGGCGACAGGGAUGGAGAAGCAACAAGCUACGGAAACCUAGGAACUUUGUUCCAAUCACUUGGUCAUUAUGAGAAGGCCCAAGAAUAUCAGGAGAAAGCACUUGCUAUCAAAAUAGAUAUUGGCGACAGGCAUGGAGAAGUAACAAGCUACGGAAACCUAGGAACUUUGUUCCAGUCACUUGGUCAUUAUGACAAGGCCCAAGAAUAUCAGGAGAAAGCACUCGCUAUCAAAAUAGAAAUUGGCGACAGGGAUGGAGAAGCAACAAGCUACGGAAACCUAGGAACUGUGUUCCGAUCACUUGGUCAUUAUGAGAAGGCCCGAGAAUAUCAGGAGAAAGCACUCGCUAUCACAAUAGAAAUUGGCGACAGGGAUGGAGAAGCAACAAUGGAGGAACUUUGUUCCAGUCACUUGGUCAUUAUGACAAGGCCCGAGAAUAUCAGGGAAAGCAAUCACAAUAGAAAUUGGCGACAGGAAACCUAGGAACUGUGUUCCAAUCACUUGGUCAUUAUGACAAGGCCCAAGAAUAUCAGGAGAAAGCACUCGCUAUCAAAAUAGAAAUUGGCGACAGGCAUGGAGAAGCAACAAGUUACGGAAACCUAGGAACUUUGUUCCAGUCACUUGGUCAUUAUGACAAGGCCCGAGAAUAUCAGGAGAAAGCACUCGCUAUCAAAAUAGAAAUUGGCGACAGGCAUGGAGAAGCAACAAGCUACGGAAACCUAGGAACUUUGUUCCAGUCACUUGGUCAUUAUGACAAAGCCCGAGAAUAUCAGGAGAAAGCACUCGCUAUCAAAAUAGAAAUUGGCGACAGGCAUGGAGAAGCAACAAGUUACGGAAACCUAGGAACUUUGUUCCGAUCACUUGGUCAUUAUGAGAAGGCCCGAGAAUAUCAGGAGAAAGCACUCGCUAUCAGAAUAGAAAUUGGCGACAGGGAUGGAGAAGCAACAAGGUACGGAAACCUAGGA